CAGAAUUAUGCUUUCGUCACCGAAACAUGGACUUUUGGUCUCGUCUCAUCGGCGGCUCCCGUUCGCUGUCCUCCAAGAGCCUCCGAACAACCACUCCGGUUGAGCGACUCGCUGCCUUCAAAAGGACGUGCAAUACCCUUCAACAAAUAUGGCGCACAAACAGCACCCCGACCGGAGAGACCUCCGUGACGACCCACGCGCGCAACUGCAUCGAACGCCUUAAUUCAGUGCUCAGCGAUGAGUCUCGCGGUCCAGCUCCUCACCCCUGCGUCGCCUAUGCCGCCACCUCCCAGAUAUACGUCACCGUGACCAAGCUUGCGCUCUCGUCCUACGACCCGGGAAUGCUCCGAUGCGCUGCCGUUUUCUUCAGCACCCUCAUUGACUCAGAGGUGGAUAGCGUUGUGGAUAAUCGGCUGUUCGCUAGGGCUCUUGUGGACCUGGUUCGUCGAGCGGAACCGCGGACAGAAGAGGUCGAGGGAAGACUGGUUGAGCUCUUGUUCGCUGUCGCCAACAGCAUUCGUUUGCAACCAGCUAUCUUGCCUGCGUGGUUUAAUCCCAGGUCGUCUGAUGGCGGAAAUCGUCCUAGCACUAGCAGUGACAGUCGGAAGAUCUUUGCUGGUGCCACGCGGAAGGAUGACUUUCCCUUGUUCUAUCUGCUGCUGGAUCAUGUCCAUCGGGAGGGCCGCGCGGGGGAUUUCGCCCGUACGGGAUUGCUUUAUAUCAUCGAGACGGCAUCGAGAUCAGAGAUUCUAGAGAAGUGGUUGAUAGAGAGUGAUCUGGCGGCUCUUAUGGCUACGGGGCUGGGUGCUCUCUAUAGCCAACUAGGAAGCCUACCAUUUGCGGCGCCAGACACAGAUCUUCCUAAAAUCAUCGCCUUGUCUGACUAUAGUCGGCAUGGAAGUGCUGUUCAACCUCACCUUGGUACCGCUAUGGACGCAUUCAUGUCCUACCUUCUGUUUUGGCAAGAUACUAUUGACCACUGCAGGUCGGCCGAGGUCCAUGGCACGUUGUUGGAUCACUUCCAGGUAUUAUUUCUGGAGCAACUCCUAUAUCCCUCUUUACUUGAGUCUUCGGACGUCGAAGGCGGCUCGACAUCUACCGUGCUGACCUACUUAUGCCGGAUUCUAGAGUCUAUAGACCAAUCUGACUUGGUCUAUAGUAUUCUCCAUUUCCUGCUCGCAUCACCCUCCGACACUGACUCGGCAAUGCCUUCUUCGAAACAAGAGACGAAGAUAUCUCUUAGCCGGCGGAAAUCAUUGGAUGCUCUGACUGCCAUGGCAGAAGUAGCCGCAAAUCCAUCGCCGUCUCUGUUCAAUCUGCGCGAUCUUGCUUUGUUAGGUCUCCAGUCGACGAACGAGCAGACCGUCCUCGCAACACUGCGGCUUCUCACAGUCAUCCUACAGCGUCAUCCUUCCUUUGCGAAUCUGCUGAUUCAAACCAUCCCUGGUCGACAGGCCAAAGAGAGGGCUGUAGGGGCGUUCAAUGCCGAGCUUCAACAGUUUCUGUCGAUGGCAACGUCGGUCAUGGAUGAUCCCACGGUCGAUGUUUCCUACGAAAACUAUCUCAAAGAUGCGUUGGAAACGGUCGAGUCUCUUUUCGGCGUCCAAUUAUCAACGGAGGGAGAUUACGCCACUGAAGAUAGCCGUGAGCCGUUAGAGCUCCGCGAAGAUGACCCGAUUAUGCGGGAGCUGUUAGGAUGCUUAGAAACCUUCUUUACAAACAGUGUCAUUGUCAACCUCUCCCUGACGGAAAUCCUAGUCAGCAUUGCCUCCUCACAUCUCGUAUCCCUUGAUGGCUGGCUGCUGGUGGAUCCGUCUAAAUACAAAUAUGCGACAGAGUCACUGGCGAAUUCAUUUUCACUUGAACAGACACCUGCCAUGGAAGCCUUGAGGCAGAUCCGCCUUGCAUACGAAGAACCAUCCUGGUCCAGCACUGAUGCUCCCGUUCUCACAGUCAUGCUACAAAAGCUCGUCCAACAAGUCGAAAAAUGGCGAAAGGACAUUCCCAACUUCGACAUCUUAGUCGCCGCCCGACGCGAUCUCCUACACCAAGAAGACGAAGCUCCCACCGCACCUACUCCGUCUCGCCAACAAACUGAUGUCUCCUCGGCACACCAAGAAUCACCGCGCGGCCCCUUCCCGAUCCCACGGGACAUAUUUUCAGAUGAACGGCCCUCUCCACAGGGAUCUAGCUACCUUGGCUCCCCUCCGCCAGGAUCACCAGCCCAACAACCACCGUCUCGCGGCUCCUCCACCUCACGCGCCGCAGCCGCAGAAGAACUUCGGAAACGACUCUCGAUGCCAUUCCCGGUCACUCAGCCUAGUAGAGAGACUGCCGUCGUCGAGGAACCAGCAUCAUCCCAAACUGAUCCCCCAGACAGUGUGGAUCAAACCGAGACACUAGGUGGUCGACCCGAAAUGGAAACAGCUACACUUGGCCACGUCUUGACCAACGUGGUCAUUCUUUAUGAGUUUUUGCUGGAACUCACGGCCGUCGUGCAGGUUAGGGGUAACUUGUUCGAGGAAGCUGGGUAUCCGGGUAUUGUUGAAGAGGUGAAUGAUUCCUAGAGAUUGAGAUAAGGCUAGGGGGGGGGAAACAGAUUUAAUAUAAUCUUGUACAUGUAUCACUAGGUUUGGUGCAUAGGAUGCAUAUAUAUAUAUAUCUACCGUCUAGCAUAUUAGGUACGGACUCAUUUACUGCACUUUCG